GCCGGCGGCGGCCGGAAACACGACGUUUCAGACACGAAAAAGGUGCACAUGGGCUCCGGCACACGCAUAAAUAUAAGCAACCGUGCGUGGAUGGAUCCCCCAGAUGAGCAUCGGGAUAUUAAGUAUGAUAUGAUGUUGGUUUCGCUUCUUUGGAGGUGAGCCAGGUUGCGGUGACAUGGUAAUAUUUCUGGAAUGGCACCGGACAUCCUUGGACCCGAAGAGCAGCAGCAGUUUGCCAAUGUCUAGUGAAGGAACUGGUUUGGAGGCUUUGGCCUCACCACUGGCGGGGUAUUUGGAGAAAGUUCAGGCAAGAGCUGCUUCAUUGGAGUAUUGUCCUUGGUGCGCAGCAAAGGGCUCCACCUACGCUCUGCGCUCCUACCAUGUCAACUUGCAGGAGUCGAUCACCCUCUGCACAAACCCACAGUGCCUUUUCCCGUUGGUCACUCGCCCCUUGGAGGAUGUACUGGCCAGUUUGGAACCCGUGGAGUCCACGGUGGGAACUAAAAGAAAGACUACUCUGGAAGAAGAGGACGAGUUGAUCAAGCCUGCAACCAAACGUCUGCGAUCAACGCCACAAGAUGCUGCCAGUGUCCCCGUGGGCGCAGAAGAGAACGGCGCUGCUAGCGGCCAACAUGCACCGACUCUGAUAGACGAUGAGAAGAUCAAUGGAUCCCAAACUGAAUAUCCAGUUUCAGAAGCAACAGAACGGAAAUCACGAGUUAAUGGUACAGAUGCGGAGGAGGAUUCCGUCAGCGUUGCUCAAGAGGAGGGUCCUGCGCUUAAUGCAUGCCUGGUCUCGUUUGUGCGCUCAUCAGAAGGUUUGCAGACUGAUGAUGGGGUGGACGCUGCUGCCUCUCCUCCCUGUGGUGCAGUUGUCUCGUCAAAGAGUAACUUGUGUUCUCCCGAGCUCCCGGAUGGAUGCAACGAUCUGGGCUCUGCGCAGAAAUCACAGAUUGAAGAAAUCACCAUGUGUAAAGAAAUCAAACCAGAAGGAAAGGAUUUGUCUCGUGUCCCUCUGACAGAGGAACUUGUGCCAAUUCCAAAUCAACUUUUUUGGAAGAACAGCGACAGCCUGUGUUGGCUGGACUCGCUCCUUGUCGCUUUGGUGAACUGUAAGAGCUUAAAAAACUGUAAACCGCUGGAUGAACCUCGGCAGUCGGCAGUGUGGCGGCUGAUGAAAGCAUACGAAGACAUCUGUGUCGCCGUUCAAGCCCAUCAGACUGAAAGCGAUGGGGUCAGGCGGGUGCCGAGUCGCUUUCUGCAAAAAGCCAACAACGAUCUUCAGAGUCUCAGGAUGUCGGUCUUUAAAGCGCUGGAGCCCAAACUGCGCUGCAAACUGGGUCAGAGGGAAACUCCGGUGUUCGCCAUGCCGCUGCUGCUCUCCAUGGACUCCUGGGCGGAGUGUCUCUUCCAGGCAGCCUUCUGCUGGGAGUUCAAGUGUGGUUCGUGCCGAGCUGCUAGCAAGGAGCGGCUCAGUAAAACGAUCUCCACCUGCACAAACCUCAUGCCUGACUGGCGCCCGCUCCACGCCGUCCACACGGCGCCGUGCAGCGUGUGCCGCAGCAGGAAUCAGAAGAGGACGAUGAAGCUGGUUCGGCUGCCUCCCGUCUUUGCGCUGCACUUCGUCGAGGGUCUUCCUCGCGACGACGUCGGCGCCUACAGCUUCGACUUCCAGGGAAAACACUACUCGGUCACCACCAUCAUCCAGUACGACCAACGCCUGAAGCACUUCGUCACCUGGAUCCGGCGCUCCGACGGUUCCUGGCUGGAAUAUGACGACUUGAAACACCCGGUCUGUCAGACCCAUGAGAAGCUGCCGGUCCCGGCCGAGCAGCUGCAUGUGCUCUUCUGGGAGGCGGAGGAGAGCAACGACUCGGGCGCUUGUUCUCCCUCCAGCACGUCCGUUGAAGCUCCGCCCUCUGAAAGCCAGGGGGCCGCCAUGUUGAAUGGCGGGAACUCGAGGGCAGAAGAUCCAGAUCGGUCUUUUUCCGCGACUCACAAUGACACGGACAUCGUGCGCGCGCUCUCGACAUCCGACGCAGAGGGGGACACGUCGCUCGGCGCCAGCACGCUGCUCGACGCCUUCGAGGGUCUUUCCCACACGGACAUCAUCACGCUCACCUUGGUGGACUUAAAUGCUGAAUCGGACACAAAGUCGCAUGGCAGCCAGCAGUCUCCAGAAGCGAGCGUGUCGAGCCAGAGCGAAGCCGUGACGACCACCGCAGACGCCUCCUCCACCGCAGUCGACGGUGGGAAGGGUCACAGCUCCGAUCUUGAGGGUCACACCAGCCGCAGCUCGUCUGAGACCGAGUCGCGGGACAGCUUGUCCAGCGAUCCCACGUACACGCCGAGCGCCAGAGCGGGCCGGGCGGGAGUCGUCACCCGCAGCAGACAAAAGGCUGCCCAGGCCGAAAAGGCUCCGGCAGCCGCUCCGUCUUCACGAGCUUCAAGCAAGACGAGCGUUCAGGCUCCAGAUCCAGACCCAGCUCCCCAAAACGGCGCGCCAUGUGCUGAACUCCCGCAGCAGGCGUCCCCCGUCUCCCCCGUCACCCCUGUCGCCGUCUGUCCUCCAUCCACCACUCAGGAUCCGGUGCAGCCGACGCUGGAAUCCAACACCCGACUCUCCUACCUGCUCAGCAAACGUCCACGAAGCCAGGUUCAGAAGUCCACGGCGCAGCCCGCCAGAUCCAGCGCACAGCGAAGGCCGGUGCCCCCCUUCCACUCCACCCCCAGCACCGUGAAGAGACCGCAGCCUCCUGCUCUGACCCAGCUCAGUACGGAGGACGCUGCGGGUCUCCCGCCCAAAGCCGCAGAGAUGUACGGGGCAUUCGGUGCUAAGAGAUCAAACGGCCUGGCUGCAUCCUCGCCGCCGCCUCCCGUCACCUCAAACCACCUGAACACUGCGGGGAGGCCGACAGUCUCUCGUUUUACUCACGAAGCGGCUUUAAAGAAACAGUCCUCGGAUCUUCCUCCGGGCCCCAGCAGCACGGACGCCCUCAGACUCAAGCUGCUCAAGAAGCUGAAAGCGAAGAAGAAGAAGCUGGCCAGGCUGAACAAGCUGCUGGGCAUGCAGGGGGACGGCAGCCUGCAGCCGGACAGCACCGACCUGGGCUCGCCCAGCACCGUCACCUCCAGCACCUACGACGACUUCCUCUCCGACCUGCUCUCACCCGCAACCACAGCCAGCAACCUCUCCCCAGACAGCACCGAGUUCCUGGAAAUGCUCGCCAAUGGGAAAGACGGCACCGACCAGACAGACUACGCCGCCCCAGUCCCGCCAGCAAACGGCGGAGAGAACACAUCCAACCCAGACAACUUCCUGGAGGAGUUUUUAUCCAAGGCUGCAGCGCAGACUCCGACCGCCAUGGAGGCCGAGGCUCUUGGGGCACUUGAUCUUUUUGUUUAAACUGUAGAAGUGGAUUUGUUUUCACUGACGUAGAAGGUUUUGCAUCAUGCUCAACUUGAUAAAAACCUUAAAACUGCACUUUUUAUCGUUUGUACCUACUGUAUGAACUGGGUUGAUUAGACAAGCUGUGUUUACAGUCCAAACUGUCUGGUGGCUUUUUUGAUGUAUGACUUGAAACCCCUUGAAACCCCCUUGUUAUUUUUAUGAUCUUUAAAUAAAUAAUUUAGAUGAUUUGUGCAUUUGUUGGUUGGUAUUUAAAUUACGAAAAUAAAUGUCCCAAAACCUCGCUGACUGGGUGCAGGUUUCUUGACAUCUGCUUAGAGGAAUAAAAAUGUGAUUGAAGUCACCGUCA